AUGACGAGUAUCGACCUCCCAGAAAAUGUGGGAUGGCAUCACCACGCCGCAGUUGGUCUCGUGGUCCGCGUCCUUCGUCUUCUCAUCUUCCUCGAAAACAAGAUCACGAAGGCAAAAGAACAAACAGCCAACCCUCACCUCUCAACCUCAUCUAAGAAACUCAAGUCCAAGUCCCAGUCCGAGAUCAGGGUCAAGCUGCCAUUCAAAUUCAAGUCCAAGAACGACACACAAGAACCAUUCGCACGCGUUAAAUCGACUGAACCAACCUUCACUCGCUUCAACGAUCUCCCUCUUGAACUCCGCCUCCGCAUUUGGAGUCUCGCGUCUUCCGUCCACCGAGUCGUAGAAGUCCGCCAACCACACCAAAGAAUCAUCCGCAACUCAGUCUCUCAAUUUAACCUCUUGACUCUCACAUUCGUAGACUCCUGGCUCCUCGGCGCCCCACGCGUCUACUCCCCCGUCCCAGCUGUUCUCCACACAUGCCAGGAGUCCCGCCACGAGGCAUUGAGACACUAUACCCUAACCCUAGCAAUGAAAGACAAUCUGGCCGCCGGCAAGGGAAGCUACGUCAACUUCAAAAAGGACAUGUUGUACUUUGGCAUCCGGAGCAGUUUCUUCUGUCUGAACAAGAGUAUGAAGGAGGGUGUUCUACACGGCUUCGAAAAGGUUGAAUAUUUGGCGUUGGGGACUAAUGCGUUGGGCUAUGAGGGUGAUAUGUGGUGGUUCGAUUUGGAGAAAUUCGCCAGUCUCAAGAGUGUCUGUUUCUUGUUCAAAGAACCGAGAUUCUUGAAUUUUGCCGGGCGCGAGGGGAUUACGUUGGUGAGUGACGGGGUCAAGUUGCCAGGUACCGAGAAGGCGAGACGGUGGAUUGAGAUCUUAUCGUACCUUGAGAGUCAGAUUAGGGUGUUGGAGUUGAGGGAAAUGGGUUGUUACCAAAAGCCACGGUUCUUUGCUGGUGCAUUCAAAGGAGUUAAGCUUUGA